AUGGGAUCUAAUGAAUCAUUGCUUCAUAUUUGCACAUGUUCUGAUUGGUUGAGAGGUCUGGAGUUCUGCCCACAACGACUUCGCAACCUCAAUGAGAUUAACAAGAUCCUCGCGCAUAGACCUUGGCUUAUUACCAAGCAACACAUACAGGCUCUGGUGAAGACAGGAGAACACAGCUGGUCUCUGGCAGAGCUGGUUCAUGCGGUCGUACUGUUGGCACAUUUCCAUGCCUUGGCUAGUUUUGUGUUUGGUAGCGGUGUCAACCCUGACCCUGAGGUCACAGAGGUCAACGGGGUCACGGAUGACCUUUGCCCUCCAGCCAUGGCAGGUUUAUGCACCUGCCACCUAACAAACAGCAACCAAGCCAACGGGAACCCCCUGCGUAACCCUGACACUGGGAGUGAGCUGGAAGCGCUGAUGGAGAGAAUGAAGCGAUUGUUGGAGGAGAGAGAAGAUGAUGAUGCGUCAGAGGAGGAGAUGUUCACUCGCUUUGAAAAAGAAAAGAAAGAGAGUCUUCUAGUGGUGUCUGCAGGGUUUGCUGAGGAAGUGGUGCCUCCUUCUCCCGUGGCUCGGUUUGUAGACGACCCGUCAUUUGGAUACCAAGACUUUGCGCGGCACGGAGAAGACAACCCACCCACUUUUAAAGCACAAGACUACACAUGGGAGGAUCAUGGUUUCUCUCUGGUGAACAGGUUGUACUCUGACAUCGGUCACCUGUUGGAUGAUAAGUUCAGAACAGCAUGUGAUCUUACCUAUUACAACAUGGCCAGUCACGAGGGGGUGGACACCAGCAUGCUGCGCAGGGCUCUCUUCAACUACGUCCACUGUAUGUAUGGAAUAAGAUAUGACGAUUAUGACUACGGUGAGGUGAAUCAGUUGUUGGAGUGCAGUCUGAAGGUUUACAUCAAAACAGUGACGUGUUAUCCAGAGAGAACCACGCGCCGCAUGUACGAGAACUACUGGCACCAGUUCAGACACUCCGAGAAGGUUCAUGUGAAUUUGCUUCUAAUGGAGGCUCGAAUGCAGGCAGAGCUGCUCUAUGCUUUGAGAGCCAUCACUCAUUAUAUGACCUGACCAAUCAGACUUCGCCAUUUAUAUGACCCGACCAAUCAAACCUCACCCACAAUAUAUGGACAUCAUUAUUAUACCUAAAUUCAACUAAAAAUGUUAUUAGCAAUUACUUUUGCGUAUUGAAUUCUUAUAAUUGUGUCCAAAAUUGUGUGUACUUAGACUGUUCUGAGUGACAACUAAAUGAAGAACACUGAAUACAGAGUAUAAUCCCAAAUAUCAAAAUGGGAUCUAAUGGCAUGUUCAAAAAAAUAUUCAUAAAGAAUUGUGGGUGGGCAGUCAUGACUUUAUCUUUCAUGGUCAGACAAACCCCAACAUUAAAACAGACUCAAAUCCUUGGACUUGACCUGAUCAAUCAGACAACAUCAUGACUUGACAAAUCACGUUAACGUGCAAUAUUUUUUCCUCACUGAAAUCUCACUUAUACUGUAAGCUGAAAUACUGGAGGACUGAGUUCACAUUUUGAAACAGGAAGUUGUCUUUUUUUCUUUUUUGCACAUCUGUAUUUUGGAACAGAGUACAGUUUUCCUUUUGUAAUAUCAAUAAUAGAAUGUGAGACUCCUGUAUGGAGAGAAAAAUUCUUUUUUUUUUGUUAAAUCCCUGUGCCUUUUUUUCUUUCACGUACCUUGUUUAUUUCAUAUUGAAUGUAUUGUUUAGAUUUUUUGCAGUUUGUUUCUAGGCUUUUCUCAGAUCAAUUUGGUUUGGUUUAGUUGUUUACCUGGAAGCUUUUGUAGCAUUAUUACUGUACUAUCAGUCCUUUACUAUUUCCUUUCCUUUCAGCCUCAGUGUUAUACUUUAGAUAGCAACAUACAUUUUUAAUAUACAUGUUGCUGCAAUAGCUCUACUAAUCACAUCUCAUGAUUUUAUUUCCGUGUGAGUGCGUGUGAGAGCUUUAACAUGAAGCUGAAGUAUUUGCACAUCUGUUGCACAUCUUUUUCAUUGGUGUGCCUCUGUGAAAGAAACCCAUGCACAGGAGCAUGAGAGAGUUCAUGUGUGUGAGUGAUUGCCUGUAGGGAGCUACUUUUGAUACUAUUGAUGUGAUCAUUACUGUCCAUCAAACCAUUUCUCAAAGGUUUAUUUAUAUCGCUCUAAGAAUCAUUGCUUCAUAUUUGCACAACUCUAAUCAAGGUGCAGCAUCAGUGUCCUUUAAAAAUAGAUUACGAUUGUGUCUGAAACAAAACGUAUAGUGAAAAGAUAAGCUUUAUAGAACGAGACAAAGUGUUGCCCGGUCCAAUCUCACGGACAGUGCCUUAUUCAUGUUUAGAAAUGCAGGUUAGAUUUCAUUUAGUCGUAUGUAUACCAGAGAUUGUUUCGUAUGUAUCAAUGGAGAAAGUAAAUCUGUCUUCAAAGUGCCUUUUAAACUUAGUUGCAAGUGUUUCAAAGUGUAUGCAGCAGAUUCAAUGGCAAACGUUUUUUGAAUACUAGGCAUAUGUGUUCUGUUGCAUUUCCUAC